CCCUAUUCUCCUCUUCGCAUUCAGCAACUUUCAGCAGCAGCAUCUCCAUCAUCUGGAGCUCCUCAGUCCUCCCUCACAUCCUCAUCCAAGUCAGAGUUCGUCGCCAGCUCCCGUCGUCUGUCGCCAGCUCGCCAGUGUUCGUUGCCAGCUUCCUGUCGUCCGUCGAUCUCCGUCAAAUCUCCGCCCCCUGCCCUCGCCGAAGCCAUGGGAUUUAGAAACUUGGGGCUACUUGGAUCAUUUGCCAAAGAGGGGUUGGAAAAAGCAUUCUCUCUUGGAAAGUUCUUCUGUUUUCUACAUGUCACCGACACCUAUUUGGUCACCUUUGUUGUGACAUCUGGUCCCAGCAUGCUUCCCACAAUAGAUUUGAUCCCAACAAUGUUUUUGGGUGAAAGGAUCUCAACUAGAUUUGGUAAAGUUACUCGUGGAGAUAUUGUGAUUAUUCGCUCCCCUCAAAACCCUAGGAAGCUUAUUGCUAAACGAUUGGCUGGAAUGGAGGAUGAUACUGUUACAUACAUUUCUAACCCUGAUGAGCCUGAUAAGCAGGAAACUAUUGUGGUUCCAAAGGGUCACGUUUGGAUACAGGGUGAUAAUGCAUAUAAAUCCAAUGAUUCAAGGAAUUUUGGUGCUGUUCCUUAUGGACUUAUUCAGCACAGGCUAUUUUGGAGGGUAUGGCCAAUCAAAGGUUUUGGACCUUUCUGGAAACACUGAUGUGAGUGUACUCUAUGAUUCUCAAGUGAAGUUCAAUGAAAUUCAGCUUCACAAAUCCCCUUUUCGUCGUUUCCCUCUCUCUCUCCUCUCUCUCUUCUCUUUCGAUCUCAUACCGUACAAUUUAUUCAAGUUCACUAGCUUUUGUAUCCUAAUUCCAUUGAUUCCAAUAUUAUGUUUCUAAGUUGCACAUUUGGAGCCUUGGGUGGCAAAAAAAUAAUACAAAAUAUACUAUCUUGUCAAAAGAUAACAAUGAGAUAAAUAGUUUAAAAUUUAACACUCCGGUAAAUAGAUCUAUGAUACUUGGGUUAAAAAAAAUC